AUGUUCGAUAAUCAAUUAUCUGGCCAUUUGCCCGAAGAUUUGUGCCAUGGAGGAAAGCUUCAAAUUUUCUCCGUACAUGGUAAUCAACUCACUGGGCCUAUUCCAAAAGGCUUACGGAAUUGUUCUAGCUUAAUUACGGGUCGUUUUGAUCGAAAUCAAUUCAUUGGAGAUAUAUCCAAUAGCUUUGGCAUUUAUCCACGCUUAAAAUACCUUGAUAUCCGUCACAAAAAUUUUCACGGGCAGCUUUCUCAAAACUGGAGUAAAUGCAAGAAUUUGACAGCCUUAGUGAUGGCCUAUAACAACAUCAGUGGUAACAUACCACCAGAGGUUGGAAAUUCAACUCAACUACAAAGGCUUGAUCUUUCUUCCAAUCAUUUGGUAGGUGAAAUCCCAAAGGAGUUUGGGAAGAUGAAAAGUAUGUUGAAUUUCUCUUUGGCUAAUAACCAUCUUUCAAGUAUUAUACCUACAGAGCUCGGAUAUUGUGAACUCAUUGAAGUACUCGAUCUGUAA